AUGUCCCUGGACCAGGCGCAGAUCAAGCAGGAGCUGACGCUGCCCCCGGGCCUGGCCAAACCCGGCCUGGCUGAACCCGGCCCGUGCCCGCCGCACCCCCAAAUCCCGGGAAAAGAGAUCCCAGAGACCGGGAAAGGGGAAGCUCCGCUGGCACAGCAGCAGCAGCAGCAGCAGCAGCAAAUCCAAUUCCCUCCGACAUUCCAGGCCGAGGAGGAGAAAUCCGGCCGGGAAGGGAUCCUGGAGGAGAGGGAGGCCAAGGAGAUCCCGGUCCAGGAAAAACAGCAGGAAUGCCAGGAGAUCCCGGUGUCUGUCCCAGAAAAACAGCAGUCCAAGGAGAUCCCGGUGUCCAUCCCGGAAAAACAAAAACAGCAGGAAUGCAAGGAAAUCCCGGUGUCCAUCCCAGAAAAACAGCAGGAAUGCAAGGAAAUCCCGGUGUCCAUCCCAGAAAAACAGCAGGAAUGCAAGGAAAUCCCGGUGUCCAUCCCAGAAAAACAGCAGGAAUGCAAGGAAAUCCCGGUGUCCAUCCCAGAAAAACAGCAGGAAUGCCAGGAAAUCCCGGUGUCCGUCCCAGAAAAACAGCAGGAAUGCCAGGAAAUCCCGGUGUCCAUCCCAGAAAAACAGCAGGAAUGCCAAGAAAUCCCGGUGUCCGUCCCUGAUCCACUCCCUGACCCCGUCCCGUGUUCCCAGGAGAAGCAGCAGUGCCGGGAAAUCCCGGUGUCCAUCCCAGAAAAGCAGGAAUGCGAACAAAUCCCGGUGUCCAUCCCAGAAAAGCAGGAAUGCCAGGACACCCCAGUCCCGACCCCAGUUUCGUGCCCCGAACCCGCCCAGUGUUCCCAGGAAAAGCAGGAAUUCCAGGAAAUCCCGGUGUCCGUCCCAGAAAAACAGCAGGAAUUCCAGGACACCCCUGUCCCCAUCCCACUCCCAGACCCCGUCCCGUCUUCCCAGGAGAAGCAGGAAUUCCAGGAGAUCCCGGUGCCCGCCCCGUGCUCCCAGGAAAAGCAGGAAUUCCAGGAGAUCCCGGAGCAGCGCUCCCUUCCCGAGAAAUUCCCUCCCCUGGAGCAGCAGCUGGAGCAGCCCGGCCCGUGGCAGAAGUAG